AUGUCAGAUAAAGAUGCAUUACUUGAAUCAAAUUUACCAAUUUUUUAUUCAACUUUAACUAAAAAAGAAGGAAUAUUUUUCAAAUUAUAUGUAAUUGCUGUAACUAUUUUUCUGUGGACUGGUUAUACUUUAAUUGUUUCUUAUACAAGGCAAAUGACACCUAAAGAUGAGUUAUAUUCUUCAUCUACUGGUUCGUCUCUGUUUCGGUUUAAAUUUAAUUGACAUUUCUAUUUUUUACCAAAAUUUUUUUCAUUUUUUAAGUCGUCUUCU